GGCCCUUUAAGAGGGAUAAAGACGACAGCUCCGCACGAGCCGAGCGCAUCGAUGCCGCGCUUUACAUUUCAUCAGUAAUUUCGCUCGGCUGCCGCAGAGAUCAUUUAACAUCACUGCGGUUUUUAAAGGUUAAUUUGUGUGAAGUGUACUUGAGCGUUUUAAACCCCGGGAGGAGAAAUGUGACGCCGUGCCCAGCCGGUUUGCUCUCUGGUGCGUAAUUGAUUCGGACAUCCUGUUCACCAGCCAGGCAGCGAGUGCCCCCUCAUCUUGCUCCGGAGAAAAUAAAAAGAUAAAUAACAAUGGAAGACAAACGCAAGAAGCGUAGCCCAAAGGUGUCUCUCCCGCAGCCCCCUCCUCCCCCCAUCAACCCCCGCAAACUCUCCGUCCUGCCUGCCAGCAAAAGUGCCACCUUCUCUCUCGGCCUGCCGCAGCCUCCCUCCCCCAAGAACAGAGGCAAGUAUAAGAGGUCCAUAGGUGCACCAGGGCAGCCCAAAGAGGUGUUCGCAGCCGUCGUAGCUCCACCAAAGACCACCAGGCCCCACAAGGAGAAGCCCAGGGCUCCCCAGCCAGCAGGGCCAAGUAAAGUAGUCCAGUCUUCCCCCUUGCAGCACUCCUUUCUCACUGAUGUCUCAGAUGUGAGAGAGAUGGAGGGAGGGCUCCUCAACCUUCUUAAUGACUUCCACUCAGGCAAACUACAGGCUUUCGGUAAAGUGUGCUCCUUUGAGCAGCUGGAACAUGUGCGUGAGAUGCAGGAGAAGCUGGCGCGAUUGCACUUCAGCCUCGACAGUCACGUGGAGGAGCUUUCAGAGGACCAGAGGAAGUGCGCCUCUGACCACAACCUGGAACACCUGCUCAGUAACCUGGAGGAGCUCAGCACCUCAAUACAAAAGCUCCACUUGGCUGAGAACCAGGACCUGCCCAAGACAUCUGGUCCCUGACAAAGUGAGGUGUGGAGUAUGGCGACCAGACACUCAUCUUCUCCCAACAUCUAAGCAGUCCAGGUUGCCAUGGCAUUGAUCCAGCUGCCUUAGUAACAGAAUGGAAAGCUCCACACAGGAGGAGGGGCUAUUUUUUUUUCCAUUUGGUCAGUGAAGCCUGAGGGAACGGCCGAGGGAAUGACUCAAAGCAGCAGAGCAUUAAAUGAACUCUCAACCAGAAUCAUAAACCCCCUCAUUCAUGGCAGAAGAAAUGAUCAGAGGUUUUAUUUUAGAUUUACAGGAGAAAACAUUGUGUUAAAAGUUUUGAACAUUUUUGUGGCAUCAACAAACUUGGCUUCAGUAUAUAAUAUAUCUGAAUCCAGGAGUGUGUUGUUGUUGGUUCUCUGCUAUUCAUCACAAAAAGCACAUUUCAUGACAGUUUAAGACUCUAUGUUGUGUUUGUUUACUUCACGUUAUGCCUGGUGUUUUGCAUAUUUUAAGAUGGUAUAUGUCUCUAUCGGCAAAGAAAUGUGAGCCAUACUUAUGUAGCAAGUAGCAAAUGUAUUUGGCCCUUGACAACACCACUGUGGGAGUUUUCACUUUUGCUAUUAUCCUGAAUGCACUCUGUCAUUUUUAUAUCUUUGCUAAACGUUUAAUACUGGAAAGGAAUGGAUUUACUCCCUCUUACAACUGUGCAUUUAAAAAAGGGACAAUGUGAGGAGACCUAAUGUAAAAAAUGUAUGUUUGAUGAACUUAUACUGUAUGUAAAAUGGUUAGUGUUUGGCCAAUGUGCAGUUCAGCUACUGUAUUUGCGACACUGAUGGUUUAGAAUAAUUCAAAUAGGACAAUUUUGUCUAUUUCCUCAGUGCGUCUUCAGGAUUGCCUUUAGGUUUUAUUUUUGUGAAUGAGGGCCCAGUAGCAGCAUCAGCUCCAAGCACAAACUAGUCCACCCUGCUACUGAAAUGCUGUAAAAUUGCCUUCUUGUAACGUGUAGGUUACACAGGGGGUCGGUCCAGUCUGACACAGGAAGGCAUUCCCUUGUCUCUCUGUGUUGGACAGCACAUCCACAGAGCAAUGCAGCUGGCAUAAAUCUCUGUGCCGCACUCUUUCAAAAUGGCAGCUACUUUCAUAGGUAAAGAUUUAGGGGCUGAGAUUAUGAUUUGCAUUGUAUUUAAUUCCAAACUUGGCAGCGAUGCACAGUACCUUGGCCAUAAUAUUAAAUCCCCGACAAGCCAAUUAAAAUGAUAUUAACGUUCAAUCUGAAACAUUAAAGCAUUGGUGCAUUCAGUUGUUAAAAAUGUAAUAUAAGUCUUUUGUACUGCUUGCUAAGCCUACCUCUUUUCCAAGGCCUUGGAAUAUGUGAUACAUUUCUCAUUCUAGUUAGUCCAUCAAAAAUCCUUCGUAGUCAGCUCUUUUAUGUUUAUAUUUACUACAUAAUAAGAGGGGUAAUUCACCAGAGGACUGAUUACCGUUAACUUUACACAACAUACCAUAUGAAGUAGGCGCAGUCAAAACAACAGAAAACUCAUGUGUAUUCUCAUGUGUAUUCAGUGGCUGUACCCAUGAAUAAAGGUAAAUUAGGUAAAAGGUGUAAUAAUGUGUGUUGUUAGUGUGUGUAAAAUGUACCUGUGGUCAAUUCUCUGCCCACCCCAUCUCCUUAAAAUCUGAAUGAGGCACAUGGAAGUUAGUUUUACAGAAAUAAAACACUUUAUUUAUAUAUCAAUCUGUCUUUACUCUUGUUCACAAACAAGUUUGAUAUAAUUUAACAAUAGAUUAAUUAAAAGGCUACUUGAAGACUGGCACUAUACUGAGACACAAUCAGAUCUGGGCAUUCACUGUUUCUCAGGCAGCCACAGGAGUAAAGCUGAACUCCUUUUCCCUUUCAUGUUGUCCCCAUCCAGGAGCAUUAGUUAGAACCCAACUGUGAUCUAGGCAUCAGUGUACAUAUAUAUCUCCUUAUCAAAAAUAGAAACAAUUUUGAAUUUUGAUCCUGCCAGUAAAUUUUGGUCAUGCAAAAAAAAAAAA